AUGCGUUUUUCCACAACAUUCGCUCUGGCCACCGCCGCCACCACAGCCCAUGCCAUAUCCUUCCCUGACGUCUCCGCUGUCCUACCUGAUCUCACCGCAGCCAAGCGAGAUUUCGAAGCCGUAAAGCGCACCAUCAGCUCCAUCUCCAUCCCUGACAUCUUCUCCGCCAAACGUGACCUCGAAACCCGUCAGAGCGGCUGCCCUGCGGUCUGGACGACCAUUAGCAAAGAGCUCACGGGAUUGUUCCUCUCCAACGGUCAGUGCAACGACGCCGCACGCGCCGCCAUAAGGGCAUCCUUCCAUGACUGCGGCACGUGGAACAAGCCGCAAGGCAACACUGGUGGCUGCGACGGAUCUCUCAUCCUAGCGGGUGAGCUUAACCGACCGGACAACAACGGGUUGCAAGGCAUCUCAGCCACGCUUCUAUCGAUGGCCCAGAGGUACAAGGUCGGUGUUGCAGACAUGCUCGCAUUCGCAGGCAACCAUGCCACGGUCACCUGCCCGGGAGGCCCAAAGAUCAAGACCUGGGUGGGUCGCAAGGACUCUACCAUCCCUAACCCUGAUGGCCUCCUCCCAGACGUCCGCGGCUCCGGUGAGAGCCUCUUCCGCCUGUUUCAAGACAAGGGUUUCGAUGCCGUCGACCUUGCCGCACUCCUUGGCGCCCACAGCACUAGCAAGCAGCGCUUCGUUGACCCCAGCCGCGCCGGUCAAUCCCAGGACAGCACGCCUGGUAUCUGGGACGUCAAGUACUACAGCGAGACGCUCAAGACGCCCGCACCAAACGGCGUCUUCGUCUUCGAGUCUGACAGGAACCUCGCUGCUCACCCUAUUGUCGGCAAGGAGUUCAAGGGUUUUGUUGACGGUCAGGGCAAGUGGAACGGCAAGUACGCUCAAGCUAUGGAGCGCAUGACUCUCCUCGGUGUCCCCGGCGGAUCUGCCAACCUCAUCGACUGCACCAACGCCCUGCCGAGGGUGGUGCAGGUCAGGGAUAUGAGGGCCGGAGCUUUCUACAAACCGCGCAACUAG